UGUAUUAGUACAGUUAUUAAUUUCAUUUUAAGCUAAAUUACACGCGCAAAAUCCGCCAGCUUUUGUCUCAGAUCCGCACAUCGAUAACAAAUUUUCCUAUCGAUAAAUUCGUAGCCAUUUUUCUAGACCCGAGUCGAGCUUGUGUGUGAAAUUGUAAUUGUAAAACGUAAUUGCUAGCAAAAAGCAACACAAUAAUGGACUAUCAGCUAUACCGAACGUCCACCCUGGGCAACACGUUGCAGGAUACCCUCGAUGAGCUCAUCCAGAGAGGUGAGAUCACGCCAGUCCUGGCACGCACGGUGCUCCAACAGUUCGACAAGAGCACCACCGAGGCCAUCAAACAGAAUGCAAAGUCGCGCCUCACCUUUAAGGGGACCCAGCUGCAUUCCUACCAAUUCUGCGACAAUGUGUGGACCCUUCGGCUGAAAGAUGUGACAUUCAGCGAGAAAACCGAAAUCCUUAAGGUCGACAAGGUGAAAAUUGUGGCCUGCGAAUGCAAGGGGGAGAACAAUGAAAAGAAAUGAAGAAAGCGAUAAAAGAAAUCACUGUUUAGUAAAUAAAACAAUAA